UAACCGAAGGUAUGCGGCGUUAUUUGUCAACGCUUACUUUCAAGAGGGUUAGAUUUCGACAAUGGACGCAGGCUUGCGACCAGAUGGAAAUGAAUCGAAGGAUCUUUGCAACUACGGUACUGAAUUCAAAGAACUUUUUUGGCAAUGCUCCUGCGCGUGUGAGGCCUGUAGAAACAUCUAUGGGGAAUGGAUUUAGACAAACUGAGCAAGAAAUCACCCCUUUAAUUGUCAUUGCAUUUGUUAUCAUCGCUACGUUGUGGUUGUUGCCCAUAUUCUCUGCAGGCGAAGAAAGAAAGAGGAAAGUUCUCAUGCAAUGGGCCUUGGCCCGGCAACAAAAGGAAUCGUGA